AUGGAACACUUGAAUAUUUUGACUUUAAACGACGAACUUGAAGUAGAGGGAGGUUUGCUGAAUUUGUCACUGGCAAACACGACAGAUAAUAUUGUCGCGGAGAAAAAUUCGGAUGAGGAUGUCUCCAUGCAUGAUGUAUCUUUUUACGAGGACCAAGAAGAAACAGGUGACAUGGAUGGUCAAAUACCAAGCACCAUUGAUGUUCUUAAAGAACAAUUGAAACAGUCGUCUAGCAUUAUUGAUAUUUUUCAUCCAACCGAGUCGGGCGCUCGCUUAGCUCAAUCAGGAAGGCACAUUAAUAAGAUUCAGAGAAAUGCAGAUAUCGAGAUUAGAGGUGAUUCAGAUUUUCAGCAUAUUGAAGAAUUUCCUUUGCGCUACGAUGGGGCUUCAUCAAAAACCACACAACGAACCCGAAUCGAAAAUGGGAACGAAAGUUUGCCUUUGGAAGCCAGGGCAAGAGGAACGAAACCUAAUAACGUUCAAGUUCACAACCACUAUUACUUUUCUUUCAGUUUGCCUCCAGUGGACUCUGAAUUGCUUCCUGAACCAUGGACACAGGAGUCAAAACCUUGCUUCAAAAUACCAUAUUUACUCUUGACUUAUCUACAAAUAUUUUUGAACACUUUGGCGGCAUGUUACUGCCUGAAACUUGGCUAUGAAGGAGUGCAAGGCAUCAAGUUUGAUAUCGCAAGAGCGGUAAAACAAAAAAUUCAUGCUUCUUAUUUUGAAAUAGAAGCGUGCCGAAGAAAAUAUGUUGAGAAUCAUUGCGAUCCCUAUACUCGACUUCCAGCUUUACAGGAAACGUGCUUACAAUGGGAAGCUUGCAUGAAUAGAAACCCAUUCCUCUCAGUGUCCUAUUCCAGUCUUUUAGCGGAGAUUUUUGGAACCAUUUUGAGCUCUUUUGCAGAGCCUUUAAAUGUCAAAAGUUUCUCAUUACUUUUCAUGAUCAUGGGCUUUUGUUAUUUGUCUAAUUUUGGGUGCGGAUUUCUGAGGUGUGGUACAUACUACGGCUGGAAUGAUAAAGGCACCAACCUGGAUGUCAAAGCGUUAAAGACACCCACGACGCGGUCAAGUUCCCAAAAAACUUCCAAUCAAAUUAUUCUACCUGAAUGCGCCGAUGAUACGCAAGACCACUGA